AGACUACAAAAACAAAAAAAGAAUUCAAAUAAAUGUUUUCCUUUUGUUUAUUUAUUGGGUAAAAAGAAUGACUGUAUUACCUAACAAUUCCCGACAUAAUUUGCCCACCUCAAAAGAGCAGUGUGCACCGUGCAGGGUCUCUUCACCUCUGAACCAUUCCCACCUCCACCACCACCACCACCACAACAACGCACUCCACAGAAAGAGCCAUCGCCCCCAACGAUGGCCGGUGUCCUGCACAUGCCUCAGCCACCACUCUUGAGGCCGCUCUCCCGCCACCGCAGAGCGGUCAAGCCCCCGACUUCUGUUAGCGUCAGGGCGUCGAGCACCGACUCCCCUGAAGCUUCCACGGCCACCAAGCCGCCGAGUUCGUCGGCGACUUUCGCCCCUCCUCCCAAUUUCAAGCCUCCCGAGCCGAAGCGCUUCGGCGUGAGGCCGGACAAGGUUCUCGACGUCUUGGGUGCGUCUCUCACCCUGAUCUUCCGAUUGGGUACCGGCGUUUUCGUUUCCGGGUAUUCUGCAUCCUUUGCUUCCGAAAAUGAGAUUCCACCUAGCCAGUACGCUUUAGAUAUUGCUGGUGUGAAAAUUAAGGAGACUUCAAAAUUAGGUCCUCGACCAGAGAAGCCUAUUGAAAUUUACGAGUUUGAGAGAUCUUGUCCCGCUUUGUGGGAUGUCAUGAUCUUUUUCUCUUGCUGUCCUUUUUGUCGAAAGGUUAGGGAAAUUGUUGCAGUAUUGGAUCUUGAUGUUAUAUUCUAUCCAUGCCCACGAAACGGUCCAAAUUUCCGUCCCAAGGUGGUUCAGAUGGGUGGGAAACAACAAUUCCCAUAUAUGGUAGAUCCAAACUCUGGGGUUGCAAUGUAUGAAUCGGAUGACAUAAUCAAGUAUUUGGUAACAAAAUAUGGUGAUGGGAAUGUUCCUGUUUUGUUAUCUCUAGGUCUUCUCACGACCCUGACUGAAGGCUUUGCAAUGAUUGGUCGCAUGGGAAAGGGUUCAUCUUACAUACCAGCAAAACUACCACCAACGCCACUUGAGAUAUGGGCAUAUGAGGGGUCUCCAUUUUGCAAGCUUGUACGUGAAGUACUAGUGGAGUUAGAAUUACCUCACCUAGUUCGCAGUUGUGCCCGUGGCAGCCCAAAACGGCAAGUCCUCUAUGAGAAAGCUGGGCAUUUUCAGGUACCUUAUUUAGAAGACCCAAAUACAGGGGUGCAAAUGUUUGAAAGUGCAGAGAUUGUGGAGUAUCUUAGAGCUACUUAUGCCCUUUAAUAAGUGGAGCUAUUAUUACAAGUCUACAUACACAUUGAGUCUUCCUUUUCUCUUCUAGUAAUAGCCACAUACAUAUUUUGCAAUUUUAGAUUGAAAUUCCUGAAACUGAUGCUUGAUGUAAGAAGCAGAAACCUGCUUCUGUUAUGUUGUUACAUAUAUAAGCAGCAAUAUUUACUGCCCUAGUUAUUGUAACUUGCUUCGUGCUUUUCCUUGUGAUCUUGGACGAAUGUUGGAUCGCAAGGCUGUCUUUAUAGUAUUUCAAUUCGAAUCC